UUUUCGGGAAAAAAUUGAAGACGUGUUCUGUGUAUGUUUGCAAACAUUACGGCGAAAUUGAUGACGAAAUCAACACCCGGAAACGACAACGCGCACACGUGAACAAAAGGUCACCGAUUCUGGUACUGGCAGAAUGGAAAGAACUUUUUUCUACUUCGCUUAUGGGAGCAAUCUGCUACGUCAGCGAUUGACUCUACAGAAUCCAUCAGCUGAAUUCCAAGACGUAGGAAAAUUACAGAAUUUUAGACUGAUUUUCAAAUCCCCUGCUGACCCACAAAAGUCGCGCUGGCGUGGGGCUGCUGCAACCAUUGAACCCCACCCUGAGGGUUCAGUAUGGGGAGUUAUAUGGCAGCUGGAUGAAAGGGAUAAAGCUAGUCUGGACAGACAAGAAGGAAUAUAUGAUGCCAUAAGUGUGGACAUUAUAACUCCUGACAACAAGACGUACAGCGACUGUCGAACCUAUGUCAUGCAGAAAUCCUACAUCACCGACAAAUUUGACAACCGGCCAUCUCCACACUACAAAGAUGUAUUAGUGAAGGGAGCUCAGCAGAACCACAUUCCUCAGACCUACAUAGAAUUCCUCCAGAAUAUAGAGGACAAUGGGUAUUCUGGUGUCAUCCCUGUGUAUAAUGCUGUCAUGAAUUCCUGUGUAUAAUGCUGUCAUGAAUUCCUGUGUAUAAUGCUGUCAUGAAUUCCCUUUCAAGUUCAUAAUAGUUAGAAAAACUUUUAAUUCUGUACAUGCAAGGAAAAAUCCAAUGUCAUGCUUGAGACUUUCCUGGACUUUUCAAACUAUCCCCGGUAUAUAUGGUAAAUAUUAUGAUGACAACUUAUUUUUAUAUAAAUAUAUAUUACUAGUGUAAAACCCACUCAAAAAAAAAAAGAAAAAUUCUGUAUACCCAUUCUGACUGCAGUGCUGUGUCAACAAUAUGGAAUGGAGGUUGAAAACAUAAAUUCAGUACAAUUUA